AUGUCAAGAUAUAUACCAAUAGAUAAAGAAAAUAAUAUAAGAAACAAUGAAAAUAUACAUAUAGCAAAUAAAGAAAGACCAUUAUCAUCAUCAUCAAAAAGAAUUCCAUUAGGUGGUAAAAAUCAAAAUAUUAAUAAAAUACCAUUAAAUAGAUCAUCAUCAUCAAUAAAUAAUAAAAUACAACCACCAGCACUUAAUAAAUCAAAUUCAUCAUUAGGGUUCAUUUCUAAACCAUUGAUACAACCAAAACCAAGAAAAAGAGUUAUACCACAAUCAUUAGAUGAUUUAUCAUAUACAAAUGCAAAAAGACAAAAAACUUUAAUUACAAAUGAUACUGAUUCUUUGAUUAAACCUGAGAUAAGACCAAAAUCAGCAAUUGAUUCAUUAUCAAGUACUUUUUCAAAUUACACUGAAUUAAAUGCUCCUGCAAAACCAAUGGAAUAUUACAGUGUUGAUCCAAUAAAACGUCAAACUACAAAAAGACAACAAGAAAUAGAUUCAUUAGUCAAUAAACAUUGGAAAGAUGAAAUUGAAUAUAUACCAGAAAAAGAAGAUUUAAAAUAUUUUUCAACUCCAAAUAAUUCAGAUGAAUAUAGUUUAUUAAAAAACAAUCUGAUUGGAACUACAAAUGUUUCAUUAGAUUUAAGUUUUGGUGAUGAUGAAGAAGAAGAAGAAGUUGGUGAAAUUCCAAUACAAGAUACAGAUUUUGAAAAUAUUGGGUUAUCAAAAGAAGAUUUAAAUAAUUUAUUGGAUUAA